AUGGCCACGUUUUACUUGUUUCUUCUUCUUCUUUUUUUACUUUUUUGUUUUCUUUUUUGUCUUUCUUCUUUUUUUUACCUUUUUCAUUUUUCAUUUUUUUUUUUUUUUUUUCCCUUUUUUUUUUUUUUUUUCCUUUUUUUUCCUUUUUUCCUUUUUUUCUUUUUUUCCCUUUUUUUUUCUCUUUUCUUUUUUUUUUUUUUUUUUUUUUCUUUUUUUUUUUUUUCCUUUUUCUUUUUUUUUCCCUUUUUUUUUUUUUUUUUUUUUUUUUUUUUUUUUUUUUUUUUUCCUUUUUCUUUUUUUCCUUUUUUUUUUUCUUUUUUUCCUUUAUCAUUUUCUUCUUUUUUCCUUUAUCAUUUUUUUCUUUUUUUUCCUUUAUCAUUUUUCUUCUUUUUUGCCUUUAUCAUUUUUCUUCUUUUUUGCCUUUAUCAUUUUUCUUCUUUUUUGCCUUUAUCAUUUUUCUUCUUUUUUGCCUUUAUCAUUUUUCUUCUUUUUUGCCCUUUUUUUCCCUUUUUUCUUUUUUCCCUUUUUCUUCCUCCUUUUUUCUUCCAUUUUUCUUUUUCCUUUUUUCUUUCUUUUUUCUUCCUUUUUUCUUUUUUCUUCCUUUUUUCUUUUUUCUUCCUUUUUUCUUUUUUCUUCCUUUUUUCUUUUUUUUUCCUUUUUCUUUUCUUCCUUUUUCUUUUUCUUCCUUUUUUUUUCUUUUUCUUUUUUUCUUUUCUUUUUUUUUCCUUUCUUUUCCUUUUUCCUUUCUUUUCCUUUUUCCUUUCCCUUUUCUUUUCCUUUUUCCUUUCUUUCCUUUUUUUCCUUUCUUUCUUUUCCUUUUUUCCUUUUCUUUUUUCCUUUUUUCCUUUCUUUUUUUCUUUUCUUUUUCCUUUCUUCCUUUUUUUCCCUUUUUUUUCUUUCUUUUUUUUGCUUUCUUUUUUCCUUUUUUCCUUUUUCUUUUUUUUUUCUUCCUUUUUUUUUGCUUUUUUUUUCCUUUCUUCCUUUUUUGCAUUUCUUUUUCCUUUCUUCCUUUUUUUUCUUUUUCCUUUCUUCCUUUUUUUGCAUUUCUUUUUUCCUUUCUUCCUUUUUUUGCAUUUCUUUUUUCCUUUCUUCCUUUUUUUGCAUUUCUUUUUUCCUUUCUUCCUUUUUUUGCAUUUCUUUUUUCCUUUCUUCCUUUUUUUGCAUUUCUUUUUUCCUUUCUUCCUUUUUUGCUUUCCCUUUUUCCUUUUUUUUUUUGCUUUUUUUCCUUUCUUCCUUUUUUGCAUUUCUUUUUCCUUUCUUCCUUUUUUGCAUUUCUUUUUUCCUUUCUUCCUUUUUUUUUUUUUUCUUUUUUUCCUUUUCUUUCUUUUUGCUUUUUUUUUUUUUUUCAUUUUUGCUUUUUCCUUUCUUCCUUUUUUGCAUUUCUUUUUCCUUUCUUCCUUUUUUUUCAUUUCUUUUUCCUUUCUUUUUCCUUUCUUUUUUUUGCAUUUCUUUUUCCUUUCUUCCUUUUUUUUGCAUUUCUUUUUUCCUUUCUUCCUUUUUUGCAUUUCUUUCCUUUUUCCUUUUUUUUUUUUUUCCAUUUCUUUUUUUUUGCUUUCUUCUUCCUUUUUUUGCAUUUCUUUUUCCUUUCUUCCUUUUUUUUUGCAUUUCUUUUUCUUUUCUUCCUUUUUUUUGCAUUUCUUUUUUCCUUUCUUCCUUUUUUUGCUUCUUUUUUUUCUUCCUUUUUUUUUUCUUUUUUUUCCUUUCUUCCUUUUUUUGCAUUUCUUUUUUCCUUUCUUCCUUUUUUUGCAUUUCUUUUUUCCUUUCUUCCUUUUUUUGCAUUUCUUUUUUCCUUUCUUCCUUUUUUUGCAUUUCUUUUUUCCUUUCUUCCUUUUUUUGCAUUUCUUUUUUCCUUUCUUCCUUUUUUUGCAUUUCUUUUUCCUUUCUUCCUUUUUUUUGCAUUUUUUUUUUCCUUUCUUCCUUUUUUUUGCAUUUCUUUUUCCUUUCUUCCUUUUUUUGCAUUUCUUUUUUCCUUUCUUCCUUUUUUUGCAUUUCUUUUUUCCUUUUUUUCAUCCCCCCCACCUCGCCUUUCUAUUAUUUUUCUCUCCACCGCCAUCACCACCUUUCUAUUUUUUCUAUCUGCCUCAUUGCCUUUCUAUUUCUCUUUCCUUUCUCCAUUACCCUUCUUCCUUAUUUUUUCAUCAGCCUGUUCAUUCCCUCUGUUUUCCCCUGUAUGAUCAGCCUGUUUCCUCUCUCUCUCUUUAUAUGCUGAGCCUGUUCCCGCUAUCUCUCUCACUCUAUGUAUGGUCAGUCUGUUCUCCCUUCUCUGUGGCCAGCUUGUUCCCAUUCUCUCACUUUGUAUGGUCAGACUGUUUCCUCUCUCUCUUUCUCACUCUAUGUAGUCUGUUCCCCCUUCUCUGUGGUCAGCCUGUUCUCCUCUCCCUGUUUCUCUCUCUCUCUCUCUCUGUAUGCCUGUUUCCUCUCUUUCUCUCUCUGUCUAUCCCACUGCAUCCUUAUCCCCCUUUGUUUUCCCUCCCUCUCUCUCUCUCUCUCUCUCUUUCUGGUAAUCCAUAG